AUGCAGUCAGGAAUCUCCGCUUCCAAGGAGCUAGUCUCCCAAUUCAACGACCUGCUCACCUCCGUCUCCCAUUUCGGUCUGCUCGUUAACAUCGCCAAUGAAUCCCUCUCCCCGUUUAAGCUCCUAACCUCCGCAUCCUCCGACUUCGACUCCAACCUGUCUCUCCUGGCACCCCACCUCCAACCCAAGGAAGCUCUCUACAUCAUCCUCCGCCGCUACCCCACCUCCCCUCGCCUCGUCGCCAUAACCUACGUUCCCGACACUGCCCCUGUCCGCCAAAAGACCCUUUUCGCCUCUACUCGUCUGACCCUGGUCCGUGAGCUCGGAUCUGAGCACUUCCGCGAAUCCAUAUUCGCAACCACCCCGGAGGAGUUGACGGCUGAGGGCUUCAGGAAGCACGAUGCCCACGCCAAGCUCGCGGCCCCCCUUACUGAGGAGGAGGAGAGCCUAGGCGCCGUUAAGAGGGCGGAGAUGGAGGCCGGAUUUGGAAGCGGGAAGAAGGAGAUUCAUCUGAGCAAGCACUUUGCUAUGCCAGUAAAGGAGGAUGCGCUGGCUGCCAUCACCGAGGUGGGGCAGGAAGGAGGACGCGUGGCGGUCAUGUUGAAAAUCAACCCCCAGACCGAAAGCGUGGAGCUCGUACAGGAGAACCCGAGGCCUAAUUCUAUUAAUGAACUCACCAGGGUCAUUUCGGAUACUGAGCCCCGCUUCACUUUCUACCGCUACACUCACACGCACAAUGGCGCAGAGUCUAGCCCGGUAUUAUUCAUCUACACCUGCCCAGCAACCGCUGGCAAUAAGGCCAUCAAGAACCGCAUGUUGUACCCCCUAAUGAAGAGGGCCGUCUUGGAGGUUGCUACGUCGAACUGUGGCCUUAACAUCGAGAAGAAGUUCGAAGUCGAGGAGCCGAGCGAGGUUACGGAGGAAAGCGUCUUGGCGGAGCUGCAUCCCGUCGCUCAGGUCAGGCAAGGUUUCAGUCGCCCCAAGCGCCCUGGUAGGUGA